CGCGUUCACAGAACAAUCUUGGUGUUUAUUUGCUGAGGGCUCGGGUUAGUUGUUCAGCUUAGUUAGCAUGAACACAUGGGAAUUUAUUACAAACUGUUUAAAAACAAAGCUCUGUAAAACCCAAACAAAACAACACCUCAACUAUGACGCUCACGCCUCUCGUUUACUGGGCUCAACGUCAUAAAGAUGUUUACCUGCGAGUGGAGUUGACGGACGCUAAGAAUAUUAAUAUCCAUGUUCGUGAAAACGUGCUGCUGUUUCAAGCCCAGGGUGUUGGUGCAAAAGGACAAAAUGAAUACGAGUUCAGAUUGGAGUUUUUUUCUUCAGUAAAGCCAGAGGUCAGCUACAGGUCCACACAACGGCUGGUAAAUAUCACUGUGGAGAAAGAGCAGCAUGGCUGGUGGGACAGACUGGUUGUACAGGAGCGUAAACCUGUCUUCCUGGCACCAGACUUUGACCGCUGGCUGGACGAGUCAGACGCUGAGAUGGAGAUCCGUGAAAAGGAGGAGAAAAGGAACAGGCUGAAGGCUUCAAGGCAUAAAGAGGAAGGUUUUGUCAGCCUGAAAACAGGAUUUCUGUUUGUAUAUAACCUGGUGCAGUUUCUUGGUUUUUCAUGGAUCUUUGUCAACAUGACUGUGCGACUCUUCAUCUUUGGCCAAGACUCUCUGUACGACACAUUUCACACUAUAUCGGAUAUGAUGUUCUUCUGCCAGAGCCUGGCAGUAGUGGAAGUCCUCAAUGCUGCUUUUGGCAUAGUCAGAACAGGUGUUGUCCCAACUCUUAUUCAGGUGGUUGGACGCAAUUUUAUCCUGUUUGUGAUUUUUGGUGGUGUCGAGGAAAUGCACAAUCGGCCAGUUGUGUUUUUUGUUUUCUAUCUGUGGAGUGCCAUUGAGAUUUUUAGGUAUCCAUUUUACAUGCUGGGUUGUUUUAAUACAGAGUGGAAAACCCUCACCUGGCUGCGUUACACAAUAUGGAUACCACUAUACCCAUUUGGUGUUGUAGCUGAAGCUGUUGCUGUCAUACAAUCCAUUCCUCACUUCUACAAGACUGAACUCUUGAGCAUUCCACUGCCCAAAGCCAUUGGCACCUCCAUCAACUUCUCUUACGUCCUGUAUCUUUACCUUGUUCUCCUGUUUCUAGGACUUUUGUUCAACUUUCGUCAUCUAUACAAGCAGAGAAAGCGUCGUUUCCGUACCAAGAAGAGGAAGGCGUAUUAAAUUCAGCUCCAGCAACAGGAUACACCUUUGCUGCCUGUACGUCUGAAAUUAUCCCAUAAAAUCUCUGAUGUUAUGAAGCAUUUUCCUCUCAUUGAUUGAUUAAAUUAGUAAAAAAAAAACCUGUAUUGUUAUACUUUGAUAGAAGGUAGGGUGGUGUGUGUGGGUGAUCUUGUUUUUUUAAUGGAGUGGUUUCUUGGUUUAAAAAUUGCAACAAGUGCUGGUCAUUUCAGUAACAGUAUUUUUGCAUGAGUGUAAAGGGAAACAACAUUUGACAAACGUAUUUGUUACUCCAUUUAUCUGAGCUGUCACACAAACCUCAGGGAAAAACUGUAUUAGUGGUGAUUUCUGAAAUAAAUUGUCCCCUUUUUAACGAUUA